CAAAGUAACAUGUAUGUAUUAAAUUGUACAUCUACAAUUGGGUAUAUGCUUUUCUUUUCUAUGUAGAGCCCCAUGCUCCUAGCGUCCAGUUGGUAUGGUGGCCACCACUGCCUCGGAUCAAACCUCCCGCGCCCAUGCUCUGGCGCGAUUGGGCUUUUAAAUCGACCUCUACUGGUCUCGAGGCUCCGGUAGCACCUUGCUGCAGCCAUAGUUCGCGGUCAAUGGUUGCUGUGGCGGGUAUUCGGAGCUGACAUAGCAGACUGGCUCCAGCCCAUGCACCAACCGAGUGAAUGGCGCGCAUCUGGCCCUGGAAUACAGGCGGCGCAUUCUUGUUGCGCGCAAGCUUGGCUUCAAUGGCGUCCACUUCAGCAACCGUUGCUAUGGAGCUUGGUCGUGAAGAGGACGUGCUGCCGUCGUCGCUUCCAUCGGUAGAACCCGUGAUAGAGACCUCGCUGGUUCGCGAUAUCGCACUGCUUCUCUGGAGUCGUAACUUGUUGCGCAGCAGGUCGGCGCUUUUACCGGAUACAGGCGUCCAGCUUCUGUUUUCCACAAUCGCCGUGACCUCGUUCAGUGCGCGCUCCUUGAUGCCGAGGAUGUUGGAGCAGCCACCUGUAAAGACGAUACGGGACAUGCAUACGGCGCGGACAUCCAUUGGGAGCUGUAAAAGGUGCUGGUAGAUGAGUAGAUGCAACGGCAGCUCGUCAUCGUCAAAGUUGGAAAGGGAUGAGGAUGUCGAAUCAAAGUAGUUGUCGUCGCAGAUAUCAGCUAACCUGUCAAACGGUACCUCUAAUGUAGUUGGGGGAGUCGUCGACUGUAAGGGGAUGUGUGCGGAUUUGCUUGAUUCUGGGCCAGGAGCUUCGUUCUCGUCUUGCUCCACGACGGUAUCAAGUUGUGUAGACUGUCGCUGCGAUGCUUUAAAGGCGGAUGACCUGCACCACAUCAAUCGACACACUAUAUCCUCGCACUCCUCGAAGCUGAUUGUUCUCGACUGGCCUUCCUCCUCAUCUUUGCCAGUAUGUAAUUUAUAAAGAGCCUUGUAAAGUUUGUCGACAAGCAGCUUGCCGCCUCGGACGCUGCGACUUGUCUUGACCUCGCGGUACUCAUAGACACUGGUAAUGACGGUUUCGGUCCAUCCCAUGUCGAUGAUGAGAGCUGAGCGAACACCGGCACCAACGGCAGUCAUGGUAGCAGACGACAUUAACGAUAUGAUGGGUGUGAGAAAGUAUUGAAACAUAAUGUCGAGAACGGUAGAGAGGAGGGGUAUGGGGACAUCGGAGUCGAGAAUGAGGCCGGCACGCCGAGGUCGUGAAUCGAUAAGGAGAUAUCUAGUCUAGUUAGUAUUCUGUUCCUAGGGUUUGAAGCUGAAGGCGCACUUUGUGAAUGCUUCUCGCAGCAUGCUUUCCAGUCUGUCCUUGACCCAGCCAAGAUCCAAGUCUCGUAUAUCAUAACGCCAUAUCUCGUGCUGUGUAGUCCAUGACUCGGCCGGUGAUGCUUGUUGACCUUGCCAUUGUCGGAAAUCGCCAACUCUCCUUUGGCCAUCACGGCCGCAUGACAGUGUCGUCUUGGGUUGUGCGUCACCAGCAAAGCCAACCUUGACAUGGCGCGAGCCAAUCUCAAUCAGAAUGAAGUCAUCAUCAGCUCUGAUGGCUGCUGGAGAGCCAAACGAGGCGGAUAUCGUGCGAGGGGGCGUGGAGGGGCCAGACGGGCUGUGCGUUCCAGACGUCGAGCGAAUGUUGGAGACGCUGCGGUGGGCCAGCGCAGGCCCUGAACCGCUGGACAUUUUGUGUGAUGCUGCAGGAUUCGACCAACAAGAUAAUUAAGGUGCUCUAGUUUAAGGUGACGGCAUUCUCUGGUGGCUGGCUGCUGGGUUUGUUUGUUUGCUACUCGUGUGUGGUGAUGUUGAAACAAUGGGGCUACUGCUUCUGCUGCCGUUGGAUGGUUCCCCCCUGGAAAGCCACUGAAGCGUUAGCGCCUACAACGCGCUAAAUUAAGUGGGUGGCAGCUAACCGCGUCGCAGCGUAUUUGUUUGGUUCCCCUCCACAUCAACAAAUUCACGAUUGCGUUGCCUGCUUUUCCCACGUUGACCGGCGUCUUUACGAUGAAAACGGCGUCAUGGGAAUCAAGGGAAUCUACUCGGAGCUAGGCCCCGGUCAGCGGGUGGCCAUGGCCAAGCUUGCCUCCGAUACAUUGGAUAAAGAAAAGCGCCCGUUGCGCAUGGCGAUUGAUGUUGCCAUCUGGCAGUAUCAGACUUUAUCUGGCAAAGGUGGCACAAACCCCGCGAUCCGAACCUUCUUCUACCGACUUGUCCGACUGCUUGCCGCCCCGAUCCAGCCCGUAUUUGUCUUUGACGGGCGUCUGAAGCCUGCGAUAAAACGAAACAAGAGAUCCGGUCUUGGAGAUGGUGUCGCUACAUCGCUUGCUAAGCGCAUGAUUCGCCUCUUUGGUUUCGCUUCCCACAUGGCGCCAGGCGAGGCGGAAGCCGAAUGCGCGCUCCUCCAGCGCAAUGGUGUCGUGGAUGUUGUUUUGAGUGAAGAUGUUGAUACCAUCAUGUUUGGUUGCACAAAGACGUUGCGAAAUUGGUCGGCAGACGGAAAGGGCUCCAGGCCGCCGACACACGUCUCCGUCUACGACACCACCCAUCAAUCCAUUGUUGACACAGGUCUAGACAGAGAGGGUAUGGUUCUUGUUGCUUUGAUGAGCGGUGGUGACUAUUGCCCAGAAGGUAUUCCUGGAUGUGGUGUCAAGAUCGCCGUGGAGGCUGCCAAGGCAGGCUUCGGCAAGUCGCUCUGCAAGCUCAAGACCGCCGAUAAGGACGGUAUUAAAGCAUGGCGCAAGAAUCUUGUGCACGAACUACAAACAAAUGAGAGCGGCUUCUUUCGCACGAAACACAAGUCGCUAACACUGCCACAAGACUUCCCAGAUAUGGAGGUCGUCCGCUUAUACACACAUCCGGCUAUUUCGCCUCAAGCAGACAUUGAAACGAUCCGCCAACGCGUCUUGCAACCUGGCAAGAUUGAACUAGAAGACUUGCGAGAAUUUACACGAGAAACCUUUGACUGGGAUUACCGUGGUGGAGCUCUCAAGUUUAUCAAAGUCAUGGGCCAUGCGAUGCUAGUACAAAGACUGCACCAAGGCGACGCUGCAGCCGCAGCUAGCGAACAGCUAGUCAAAAAGAUUGGCUCGCAACGAUUGCAUUUCAGCACAGACAACACAGCCGAGCUGCGAGUCUCGUAUAUACCUGAAGAAACGGUACCGAUUGACUUGAGCCAAGAGGUCGAAGAGACUGUAUCGUAUGCAAGGGAAGGUCUCGCGCUGGACGCGGAUGAAGAGCUGGACUCGAGCAAUGAAGCCACCCCAUCGUCUACUUUGGCGUCAGUAACCGCAGUCAAAGAGUUUGACCCGUCUAAACCAGAAGCAGUCUGGAUGCUCGAGUCUGUAGCCAAACGAGGCGCGCCGCUCGCCUUCCAGGCAUUUGAAGAAGCCGAGCUACUCAAAGCCUACCGCAAAGCAUCGCCCAAGAAGCCAGCUGGCACAAAGAAGUCAGCCAAAUCAAAGUCCGACAUGCCGUACGGCGCCAUUGAAGCACACGUCCGAACCACAAAGCGGGUAGACAGUACAAUCGCCGCUGCAGAGCCGAAGCUGCCCAGCUCGCCACGAUCUCCAAGUAAGCAGCGAAUUUCAAAGACGCCCAAGCCGUUGUCUCCCACAUCGCCAAAGCGCUUACACCCUCCGCCUAGAUCUGCCGCCCCCUUCUUGCCCUCCAGUCCUCCAAAGCGCACCACCAAAGCCGCUGCUGCCACCCCAGACUCUGUCAUCAUCCUCUCGUCCAGCCCUGCCGCCGCGGAUCCUGCCUCCCCAGCGGCGCCGCCGGAAUCUCCGACCCGUCAUCCUCGGCCAGUUCCCGCUCAGUCUGCGCCGGUGCCUGGGUCUGUACAGUCGAUUCUUUCCGAGAGCGCUGGGAAGGCUCCGGUGAGCAAGACGAAGCCGUGGAUAGUGAAGAGGGUGCCGCAGCCGCAGACAAAGGGGAAGAUGACGCAGACGUCAUUGGAUGUAUUUGCAAAGAAGAGUUCUGCAACUGCUGCAGCGACUGUGCAAGAUAAACCGGUAGUGUCUACUAGACUCACUGCUCCCCCGAGGACAGUCAUUGACGACUCUGUGUUUGACAGCGCCUCUGAUGGUGAAGAUCUACCGGCUCUGCCUGCAGACGUUGCAGUCAAGGAGUCGCCCAAGAAGACGACACCACCACCAAGCAAAAAGCUCUUGUUCAUCCCGGACCCCAAGACAGGGAGGUUACGGGAAGUCGAGGUUGAUGAAGACGAACGAGCGCGUCUUGAAAAGCAGCUGGGCAAAAGCAAAGUCACUCGAUACAGCGACGUUUCUGUCGUUGAUUUAACAGGCGAAUGAAGCUCCCUUUUAAAAUUUUCAUUUCAUUUUCAUAGCAUAGCGAGGUAUCCUGGGUUUUUGGUUUAAGCUAGGGGGGAUAUAUAUAUAAUGUACAUUUAUUCUAAUUCAUGACUUUUUGCUUUCAUCCAACCAUGCAUUAUAUACAGCAAUUUUCUGAGGAAGGCAGGAUAUACUAUCUAUCCAAUAUCUCUUCUUGAUUUUAUUACAAUUCCUCCUCCUGUUCCCUUUUGGGUAACUCAGCUGGUUCAUGGGCCAUCAAGUCCGGGUCGACUUCUGUGCCUAGGUCCCUGUCUUCCAGGAACCUUCGUCCAACAAGAUCGUCAGGUAGAUAUGUCUGAUUGACACGGCCAUCAACAUAGUUGGGCGGAUACUUGUAGUCCACGCCGCACCCGAGUUCGCGCAUCAAUCGUGUCGGGGCAUUGCGCAGAUGAAUAGGAACAGGGAGUGCCGCGACACCGGGUUCGCGGAGGGCGUUGAAGGCAUUGUUAAGGCCUCUGUACGCCCUUGUCGAUUUGGCCGCAAGACACAACGCAACAGCGCAAUGCGCGAGGGGGAUACGUGCCUCGGGCAUGCCAAUCUGCUGCGUGGCUGUGUAGGUCGACGUGGCCAGCGGGAGCAGCGUAUUAUCAGCAAGGCCGACAUCUUCUGAUGCAAUGACAACCAUGCGCCGCGCAAUGAAGAGCGGGUCUUCGCCAGACUGAAGCAUGCGAGCAAGAUAGUAGAGUGCCGCGUCGGGGUCGUUGCCGCGGACAGACUUGUGAAAGGCGGAUAUGGUAUCGUAGUGCUGAUCGCCAGCGCGGUCGUAGACAAGCGUUUUCGUUAGCGAAGACUUGAUUUCGUCCUGUGUGAUGCCUGGGCGGAUAGAUAACGAGAUGGAGAGGUCGAGGAGGUUGAGAGCGGUGCGGGCGUCGCCGUCAGCAAAGCGGGCGAGGUAAGCUAGAAAAGUGUCGUCGAGGAGCGAGGAGGGCGAGGAUGUCGAGGAGGCGAGGGCGCGCUGGAGGAUGGUGAUGAUGGCUUCGGUGGAGAGGGCUUGGAGGGUGAAUGUGCGGCAGCGAGAAAGCAGAGCAUUGACGACUUUGAAGGAUGGGUUCUCGGUGGUAGCGCCAAUGAGCGUCACGGUGCCGGCUUCGACAGGGCGCAGGAAGACGUCUUGCUGGGCCUUGUUGAAGCGGUGGAUCUCGUCGCAGAAGAUGAUUGUGCGGCGGCCGGUGAGGGCCAGGUCGUUGGCGGCUUCUUGGAAGAGCUUUUUGCAUUCGUUUACGCUGGACGAGGUGGCAUUGAUCUCGACGAAGCGGGCGCCCGUCUUUUCCGCCACACAGCGUGCGAUUGUCGUCUUGCCGGUGCCAGCUGGGCCCCAGAGGAUCAUGGACGGCACGCGGUCUGAUUCGAUGAGCGAGCGGAGCACGCCAUUGGGACCGACGAGAUCUUGGCCGCAGAUGUCGUCAAGAGUAUUGGGGCGGACUCGUUCGGCAAGGGGGGCCGUCUUGUUGGUUCGUGUCUUUUUGAUGAUGCGCCCGCCUUCUGCUGCAUCUGAUUGUUCUGUAGCUGUUGUAAAGUGCCCGUUUGUGUGUUCGCCGCCAUUUGUUUCUGUUGAUGCUGAAGCUACUGUUAGAGCUGAGCCGGGUCCUUCGUCAAAGGUUCGCUUCUUUGUGCCGUUGGUAGUGGCCCCGAGCGAGAUGUUGACAAUGGGCGUGACGAGGGAUGCGGUUGCAUCUGUAGAACUGUUUUGUCGUUUAGGCGCGGGUGUCGAGAAGAAGCUAGAAGCACUGCGUUUGGGUUGUGAGGAGGUAUUGCUGUUUGAUUGCGGGGGUGCGGAUGGUGGCGACUCCUUGUCGACUAUGAAGCUGGUGCAUCCCGAGUCGAUGUGGCUGUUGAUCUCGGACGACUUGACGGGUUUAUUGCAUAUUGGGCAAUCCACAGCCGCCAUUGUGGCCAUGUGUGUGUAUUGUUGUUGUUGUUGCUUGUUGAGUAACAAAGAAAUAAAAUAGGGGCAAAGCAAGGUUAGUGUGGUUGAGGUGUGAUUGUGGUGGUGGUGAUGUCGUGUGCUGUGUUUAAGCGCCCGCAGCUUUUUUUUCUUGGUCAGCGGGAGACGCG